AUGGAGCCACCAUCCCAACUGCCCCCACAUUAUAGCACUUGCCAACAAAGUCUAACUGCCAUGAUGCUUACAUUUAAGAACCUUAACAUCCCAGUAGCCCCGGGCAAGACACAAGGUCCUGCAACUGUGUUAGAGUUUAUGGGUAUUAUCCUGGACAGCGUUCGAAUGGAAGCACGGCUGCCAGAUGACAAAAUUGAACGCCUCCGAGCAGUUUUCAACACAUUCCAAAAAAGGCGGUCAUGUACUUUGAAAGAACUUCAGUCGCUUAUAGGUACCUUAAAUUUUGCAUGCAAGGUUAUCCCACCGGGUCGCCCUUAUUUACAAAGAAUGAUUGAAUUGACAAGAAAUAUAAGACAGCCCCACCACCACAUAAAGCUUAGUGCAGGCUUUUUUAAGGAUCCUGAGAUGUGGAAACAGUUUAUCGUUAACUGGAAUGGUGCCAGUUUUUUCUUGUCUUCUGCAUGGGAAAACUCUGAAUGCCUUGAGCUUCACACUGAUGCAUCGGGGGUGUUGGGCUACGGGGGAUUUUCGGGGGGAAAUGGUUUCAAGGAAAAUGGGAACCCCAUCAACAAUUAG